CAUUCCAUUUGACUAUCCUUGAAUACCAGAUUCUCCCCCUCCUCUGACUGGCACGCUCUGCACUGCCGGAAUCCAAGCAAAACGCACAACAGCCAAGGGCGCUCUCGAUUGUUUUCCAUCAACUUGGACACGGAAAAUUGGUACCCAGAACAAGCAAUUUCUACUUCAAGCCUUCCUUGUCGCGUAAUCAUUGGUGUUGUGAAGAGUAUUCAAACAUUAGAGAGGAAUGGUUUUCUUGUGUUGGGCUCGGCCAUCUCCUCAAGAACAGAAGGCUUGCAUUGUGAAGUCUGGCACCUUUAACUAUGACUCUGAACACAGAGGAGCAAGUUCCAAGCCUACUUCAACACUGCAAGAAGAUAAGAAGCUAUCCAGAAAUGGUUUCCUAGUCAACCAUGCGCGAAGUUUAGUAGGUUCAGGGAUGGACACAUAUGAAAAGGGGAAAACUGCUCUCCAAAAUUGGAGGCAUUUUGGGUUAGAUUGGGCAUUUGUUGAUUCGAAAACUCCCAUUCAAAGUGGGGUCAAGUUCUGUGUAUGUGUAAAGGAAAUUUUCCCAUGGCUCAUGAUGCCUCUUCAGGUGGUGUAUGUAAAUGAGCACCGGAACACUAGAAAGGGAGUGGCCUCUUUUGGUUUUGGCAGCGGCACUCUUCAGGGACACUUACUGAACUCCAAUUGUCCAAUCCUAUCAUCUUUGAAGCCAAAGAAAAGGAGGUGGAGCAAUAAAUUUUGUCUGUCAGAAGCUGCAAAUGGUGGUAAAUAUGUGGUUCAAGUGGGAAGAAUUGAAGAUGAUGAUGAGCUCUGGAACAGGAGAAUGAAGUGUCCAGAAGUUCAGGGACAAGACCGAAAGCUUUAGAUUCUUUUUGGUUAUAAUAUAGAGCCACAAUCUUCCAUUAGAGCUUGCUUUUGGGUGGCUGGUUUUGGAGUUGACUUGAUUCGGGCGGCUGGACUUUGGAGUUGAUUUGGCUUGGGUGUCUGGACUUUAGAGUUGAUUUAGUUUGGGUGGCAAGAGUUUUGGGUUUCAUUGGCUUGAACAGACAGAUUUUGCGGUUGGAUUUUCCCUAGGUGGCCAAUGUUACAGAAGAGGACAAUUGUGAAAGAAUAUCAACUAAAAAUAUUUAAUUUAGUUAUAAUUUUUAUAUUUGUUAAUAAGUGUUGAUUCAGUUUGUUAAUCAACUAAAGGGAUAGGUUGAUUAUCAAGUUUAAGUCAACUGCCGUUAGCAAAUUUUUGUCAUGGUUAAUUUGUUCAAAAAUGAUGUAGUUUAGAUAAGUUGGGGAACAUUUUUGGGCUUUAGACUAAUGAAUGGGGCUGAUGACGAAAAAAAAACCUCAAGAAGUCAAAAUAACAAAAUUAAACCACAAGGAGUGCCCAUAAAAUGACCCAAACCAAAAUGAGGCACGGUUGUGAUUUACCCAUGUUUUAAUUAUGAUAGUUACAACCUUGAAAAGAUUGGAAUUAUGAUGUUUUCAGGAGACACAAAGUUGGUGGUCUUCUAGGUCUUAUUUCCACUAGAGUGUCCCUAGUGCACAAGGCUCCUUGAUUUUUGAGGGUUGUAUUCACGCACAACUUUUCUUUUGCUUUUUGCAAAUAGACUUUUCACAACUCAAAUCUAAGACUUUCUUGCCACAAGAGAACAACUUUAUUGUUGUUACCGAUGCUCGCCCUUAAUGUGAAAUGAACAAUAACACAUCUCAGAUAAAAUUGAACAUGAAGAUCUCAAGAUAAAAGCUCUGCAUGUGCUUUUUGACUUCUCUGGAGUUCCAAUCUUAUAUGGAGGGAUCUCUUAACUUGUUUUUUAAAGUCCAAACCCAAUUUUAUACAAGUUUUGGUUCCAAGAAAACCUUAUUUUGUAAAAGAGAUGCCAUUCUAUAGAGCUGGACUAAAUCUGGCUCAUGGCAUUUAACAAUUUUAACUUGCUUAAGCACUCACAGGAGCCACUCAAGCGGCCUCCCACAUAGCAGUCAGUUUGCAACUCUGUUUUGACCUUGAAACAUUGAAAAUACAAAAUUUUCAUGAGGCACAAAGUUUUAGCACUUUAAGUCUACUUUCCAAUGGUACCAGAAUAAUUUCAAUUUCGCAUCAAAUGAAAAAGCUGUGGCCAAAUAACCUUUUCCUUUAUUUAGCUCCAAACUUGAUUUUGCUUCUAACAAUUAUCCUUGGAAUGUUGUAACCUGAAUUUAAUCUUUCAGACCAAGCGUUAAGAUUUAAAUUAAAGAUUAGUACAGGUGUUUUGUUGAUCAAAUUUCUAUACACAAAAUUCCUAACAAGUCAUAUGGUAUGUGAUCAUUGAUAAUUUUGUUUUGUUUUAAAAAAUUUGAAAGUAAAAACCAGUGUUCAAAAACGCGCUAGGCGUUAGUCGGGCACC